GAUGUAAUGUAAAUAGCUAUUCUUAGUAUGAUAAAUAUUCUCUCUCAUUUUGAAGAGAGAAAGAGAAGGAGAGCAGCAACUGAAAGAGGCGUUAUUAAUGCAAAACCAAAGGCAAAGAGGAUGCAAUCAGAAUGAUCCAUCAUCACCUACCCAUGACCCCAUUACUUGCACACACACACACCCUGUUCAAAAAAUCUUCUAAGUUUCAAGUUCCAACUUCUUCAGUCACUGAAAAAUCAGCAUCAAUGAAGAAAGCCGACAAUUCAACAAUAUAAUUCCAAUCAUCCCAUGUGGGUUUCUCCCAUUUCCCCCUCCUCUAUAUCUCUUUCUUCUUCUUCUUCAAAUUCUCUCCCAUUUCCCCCUUUCUUUUCCACUCUCACUUUCCCCAUUUUUCUCCAUCAUGUGGGAAUCUGAGAAUGAUUCUAUUGCUGUUGCUCGAGAUUACGCCAAUGGCGUUCCCCCUUCCGCUAAACACGCACUCAAAACUGACGGUUUCGAACUCAGAGGAAACUCAUGGUAUGUUGCUACUGAUAUCCCGAGUGACCUUUUAGUACAAGUUGAGGGUGUCAAUUUCCACUUACAUAAGUAUCCUCUUCUUUCUAGAAGUGGGAAGAUGAACAGAUGCAUAUAUGAAUCCAGAGACCCAGAUUUGAAUAAGAUUAUUUUGGAUGAUCUUCCUGGUGGGGCUGAGGCUUUUGAACUUGCAGCCAAAUUUUGUUACGGAAUAGCUGUUGAUUUGACUGCAGCCAAUAUUUCUGGCCUUAGAUGUGCUGCUGAGUUUCUUGAAAUGACAGAAGAUUUGGAGGAAGGUAAUUUGAUUUUCAAAACUGAAGCAUUUCUUAGCUAUGUGGUACUUUCUUCAUGGAGGGACUCCAUAGUUGUGUUGAAAAGCUGUGAGAAGCUCUCGCCGUGGGCUGAGAACCUACAAAUCGUUCGGCGAUGCAGCGAGUCUAUUGCUUGGAAAGCUUGUGCUAAUCCUAAAGGAAUUAGAUGGGCAUACACUGGCAAACCCCCAAAAGUUUCUAGUCCCAAAUGGAAUGAUUUGAAGGAUUCAAGUCCAAGUAGGAAUCAGCUUGUUCCUCCUGAUUGGUGGUUUGAGGAUGUCUCAAUCCUCAGGAUUGAUCACUUUGUUAGAGUAAUCACAGCAAUCAAAGUAAAGGGUAUGAGGUUUGAAUUGAUUGGAUCGUCUAUUAUGCAUUAUUCAUCAAAAUGGCUUCCUGGUUUGGUAACCGACGCAACAAAUGCCGGUGAUGAAGGAAGUACCAGCACUACGAGUAACACAAGCAGUGGCAGCAACAGUUGGAAAGGUGGGCUUCAUAUGAUUGUGGCUGGCAACAAGGAAGAUCACUCGGCCAUUCAGGCGAAAGAUCAACGAAUGAUCAUCGAGAGCUUGAUCAGCAUCAUUCCUCCACAGAAAGAUUGUGUCUCAUGUAGCUUCCUUCUAAAAUUGCUGAGAAUGGCAAAUAUGUUGAAAGUUGCACCAGCAUUGGUCACUGAAUUGGAGAAAAGAGUUGGAAUGCAGUUUGAACAAGCCGCACUUGUGGAUCUUUUGAUCCCAUCUUACAGCAAGAGCGAUACAAUGUAUGAUGUCGAUCUUAUUCAGAGGCUGCUUGAGCAUUUCCUAGUCCAGGAACAGACUGAGAUUUCGAGUCCAAGCCGACAAUCAUUUUCUGAUAAACAUAUGUAUGAUGGAUCUCAAAGAGGGGUUGUUCCAAAUGCCAAAAUGAGGGUGGCAAGGCUUGUUGAUAGCUAUCUAACAGAGGUAGCCAGAGACAGAAACCUUUCCUUGACAAAAUUUCAAGUACUGGCUGAAGCUCUGCCAGAAUCUGCUCGAACAUGUGACGACGGGCUUUACAGAGCUAUUGAUUCCUAUCUUAAGGCGCACCCUACGCUCACAGAGCAUGAGAGGAAGCGACUAUGCCGAGUAAUGGACUGCCAGAAGCUCUCCAUUGAUGCUUGUAUGCACGCAGCACAAAACGAAAGGCUCCCAUUACGAGUGGUGGUCCAAGUCCUGUUCUCAGAGCAAGUAAAGAUAAGCAAUGCAAUUGCCAAUUCGUCGCUAAAAGAAGCAAACGAUUCGCAAUUCCAACCACUUGUAACAAACAGAAAAACAUUGCUGGAAGCCACACCACAAUCAUUCCAAGAAGGGUGGGCAACUGCCAAGAAAGACAUUAACACACUUAAGUUUGAGCUUGAGAGUAUGAAGACCAAGUAUCUUGAACUUCAAACUGAAAUGGAGAGCUUGCAAAGACAAUGUGAGAAGGUUACCAAGCAAAAGCAAAGCUCUGCUUGGAGUAGUGGGUGGAAAAAACUGAGCAAAUUGACUAAAAUUUCAACUUUGGAAACCCCAGAAAAUGAAUCACAACAUCCAAUUAUUGCAGAACAGACUAAGAAAGUACCUAGAAGAUGGAGGAAUUCAAUAUCAUAAGAUGCAUAAGGGAUAUCACUUUCAUAUUUCAACAUUUGGGUUCUGUCUUCCUUUUUUUUCUUUUCUUUUCUUUUUUUUUUUUUCUCUUUUCCUUUUCCAUUGGGUAAGAGAAGAACACAACAGUUUACUUUCUUUUUCCCAGCAAUCAAAAUCACUUUAUGCUGGUUGGAAUAGGCUUUGAUAUAAUUCAAGUUUCCCAAAUUUGUAAUUGUUUUCUUUUCAUUUCUGAUGAGUUUUGUGCCAUUGUUUCAAAUAAUUUCUCAAGUAACUUUUGUAGAA